CUCGUAGCCGUGCGGCUUCCCGCCAAAACCUAAGGCGAGGGUCGCAGGGGGAGGGGUGGAGCUCUGGCUUCGCGCCUCAGAAGGGGCGGGGCUAAAACCUGAGGCAGGAGAGAAAGGGGAAGGGCUAGAGUCGUGUCACGCCCCCUCGUGCCAGGGGAGGAGCCAAGCAGUGACAGCUCACCUGAGGAAAUUAUUGACUCACUUGAAAGGGGGAGGAGCCAGCCUGAAGAAGGAGUUAGGACGAAGACCCGCCCAUUAAAGGGGAGGGACCAGAAGAUUGGACUGCCCCCUCUCAGAGGCAGGUGUCUAUAAAAGGCCCUCCUGAGGAGAUUCUCUCAGGGGACAGUUAGGGUUUCGCCUCAGCUGCUGCCACCAUGAAGCUCCUCCGCCUCCUUUGUCGCCACAAGACGGCUCUGGGCCUGGGUGGCCUGUCGCUCUUUGGGGUGGUGCUCCUCUACCUGGCCAAGUGCACCUCAGAAGGCCUCAAGCCCUCCCAAGGGUGGGGGAUGCCACAUCAGCAACCUCCGGCCCGCAUCGGCGGUGUUGGUGGUCUACAUCCACUGGCUGCGGUCCUGCCUCCUCCUCCUCCUGAGGAGACCGCAUUCUUGGCUGUCCUGGUGGCCAGUGGUCCCAAAUACACUGAGAGACGUAGCAUCAUCCGCAGCACGUGGCUCUCGGCAGCUGGCCGGGCCCCUCCCGGUGACAUUUGGUGCCGCUUUGUGGUGGGCACUGGUGGUUUGAGCGGGGAGGAGCUUCAUACCUUGGAACUGGAACAGAGCCGUCAUCGCGACCUCUUGCUCCUUCCCGACCUUCGUGACUCCUAUGAGAAUCUGACUGCCAAAGUCUUGGCUAUGUAUGUCUGGCUUGACCAGCACCUGGAUUUUCGCUUUGUCCUCAAGGCAGACGACGACACAUUUGUCCGACUAGACGUCCUUGUAGAGGAACUCAAAACCAAGGAGCCACGCCGUCUCUACUGGGGCUUUUUCUCUGGGCGGGGACGUGUGAAAUCAGGGGGCAAAUGGAAAGAAAACGCGUGGCUCCUUUGUGACUACUACCUGCCUUAUGCCCUUGGUGGUGGCUACGUGAUCUCAGCCGACUUGGUGCACUUUUUGCGUCUGAGCCAAGACUAUCUCAACGUAUGGCAGAGUGAAGAUGUCUCCUUGGGUGCCUGGCUGGCGCCUGUGGACCUGAAAAGGGUCCACGACCCUCGUUUUGACACGGAGUAUAAAUCGCGAGGCUGCAACAACAAGUACAUUGUCACUCAUAAGCAGGGCAUUGAGGACAUGUUGGAGAAACAUCAGACUCUGGCCAAAGAAGGGAAGCUCUGCAAAGAAGAGAUCAAGCUCAGACUGUCUUAUGCAUAUGACUGGAAUGUGCCUCCUUCGCAGUGCUGUCAAAGGAAAGAUGGCAUCCCUUGAAGACUGUGUGAGAGGGGGGGGAGGGACAAUUUGACGGGGUGGCCAGCUAAUAAAGAAGGAAGUGUGUCACUUGGAAAUACCUCCCCUUACAGCCGCAGCUUUUAAAUUAUUCAGCAGUUUUGUAGGAUUUGUUCUGGCCAGUCUAGCACAGGGACCCACCUCACCCUAUGAAAGAUUUUGUCUAACCCUACACAAGAUAUACAAGAAGAGGACUGGGAAAGUUUUGUAUGCAAUUACUAUGGCAGCUGAAAUGGGAUACAAUUUCUCUCAUCAUGGGAAAAGAAAAUGUGUUUUUUUAAUCCUUAAAUUACUGAGACAAGAGACUGAUUUAAAUUGCUAGCAGUGUAGGUGGGAAGGGGACAUAAUGUGGCAGCUGUUUUGAAUUUUUUUUCAGAUAAGUCCAUUUUCACCAAGCACAGGGGCAGAUUUAGAAAUAUAAUGAUUGCAGAAGAGCAAAUAAAUUCCUAGCAGCAUUGGAACUGAGGGAGAAUGUGGUCCCUAAUGCCAUUUUGAAACAUGAGAGCCAUUUCUUCCAUUGGUCAAUGUAUGCCUUUGUUGUAGUGUAUUGGAGGUGGGAAAUGUCUAUUCUCAGCCGCAUGUUCUGAACACAUAUUGCUCUUAGAUUGCUCUGAUACGUUCUGUCACUGGAGAAAAUUUUAUUUACCCUAUUUAUUGGACACCUGAAUUAUCCGCCAGCUACUCAAAAGGGGGAAAAUUUUUAUUCUAUAAAAAACAGUGCCAGUGCUUUCAAUUUGGUACAGUUUGGUCUUGAGAGGGCAGCACAGCAAUCAGUUAUUCUAACAUCAUCUUUCUAGCAUUGACAAAGUAUCACCAAUUGCCCAGCAAACAUGUUCUUAGGAAUCUAGAUUAUUAUCGACCAUUUAGGUUAUUUUCUGCCAAGAUUUCUAUCAUCUGAAAUUUUUUAGUAAUUCUGAAGCCUUGGUGGGGGGGAAAUGAGUUUUUUCCAGGGUGGGAGAAUGGAAACUGGGGGAAAAUGGAGAUAUAUGCCAUACUUUCCCUAUUUUACUCCUUUAACAUAAAAGGCGUCAUUUGCAACUCUGUAUAUAAGCAUGUACUGUUUGACGUUCAUUACUCUUCUGGUAUCAGAAAACAAGUAUGUGUCCAUCUUUGUUGCAAAAAAAUGACCCAAGGGCUUCUUUCUUCAUCCACUUUAAACAGACAGUGGGGCUAAUCCUAAAGAGCUGGGUUGGGAAUUGCAAGAAAAACUGCAAUUCCUGGAGGCUUUAAACCUCAAACAGUUUUGUAAGGCCUAGUAGUGUUGUUUUUUAAUGGCUUGGGGAGCACAACUGAUGACCUUAGUCUUCAAAGCAGUUCCUGUGAAGUUAUGAGAUACACUUUUAGGGUUGGAAUAUGCCCAGGCUGGGGUCGGAGAAUUUCGUAAUAUGUCCAAGGCGUUAAGAGCUCUGUUCCAAAAUAAUUCUGGAGUCAGAUGGCCAAUGGAUAACCAGUUUAGUUGCCUUGAGUUUUUUUGGGGGGGUGGGAUCCUUGGCACAGCGUGAGGCUUACAAAUCAUGAGGAAUGGUAGCUUUGUUGGAGAUCUGCAUCAUAUAGAAGACCAGAUCUGCAAAUAUAUGGACCUGCCUUUUACUGAAUCUGACUCAUGAUCCAACAGGGUUGCUGUUGUCUACUCAGACGGGCAGCCACCCUCCAGGGUUUCUCACCUGAGCCUUUUAACUGGAGAUGGUGGGGAUUGAACCAGGGACCUUCCACAUGCCAAACAGAUGCUGUACAACUGAGCCAUGGUCCCUACCCAAUCAUCAAGGACAGUAUUGUUUACUUAAACAGGCAGCAGCUCUGCAGAGUCGCAGGCGGAUGUCUUUCACACAUCUACUACCUGAUCCGUUUAACUAGAGAUGUCAGGGGUUGAACUAGGAACCUUCUAUAUGCCAAACAGUUGCUCUACCAGUGAGCCACAACAUCCUCCUAUGAUAUCUUUCCGGCUUCCACCUCUUCCUAAAUCUUGUGCUUUUAAGUAAUCACUGGAGGAAUCUUCGGGCAGGAGUUGAUUGCCUGCUUGUUCUGAAAAGCACUAAGUUGAAGAAUCUGGGGCAUCUGAGUACUCUUGAUACACCCUUUAGAUGUGUCUUCCAGUGGCAUUUCGAUCUACAAAAAAGCUUCCAAAACUCACCCUUGUUAUAAGGACUACCAAGGCCACGUUUUGUGACCACUGUAACUGACUAGCCAUGGAUUGUGGCUUGCCAGGUGCUUGCCAGGUCCCCAAUUUGUAUGCAGUCAAAUUCUCCUAGAAAUCCGAACAGUUCCAUGUCAGCUGUUUUAUUUUACCAGCCAGCAAUGCUCCAUGACACAAUUUUGAUUUGUUGAUUAGGGCAAAAAGUCGUCCAAUUUGUAUAGUCCAAUUUGUAUAGUUUCCAGCAAUGGUCUUUGUAAAAACCCUCCUAGGUUGCUUUACGUGGCUGUGUUCUCAGCAGUUCGCCAGUGUGAAAAGUUUUCCUUUCAAGAAAUUGCUUUUAGGAAAAGUCGGGAGAGGGGGAGCCCGUCUCCUCAUUUUGAAGAAGUUAGUAUUGUAUGUAAAAUUUUGUGUUUAUAGUGGUGAUUAUUUAUUUAUAAAUACCGUAAAGGUACUGUGUAUAGUUGCAAGCUUGAAAACAACCAAGUGUCACGGCAGUUUUAAAUUAUUUAAAAGGCGUUCCGUCAGCGCUUGUAAGGAUUACUUCUCAAAUGCCUUUUCUGCUGUACAGUUUAUUAUUUAAAGUCUCCGGGGCUGAGUUUUAAUCCCAGACCGUCUGCAUGUUGUUUGGGAGCUUGUAAAAAGAAUAUAAAAAUCUUCCUUUUGCUGAAAAAUCAGUAAUUCUGAAAGUUACUUGCACUGUAAUUUCUUCUUCUUUUUUUAAGACGCAUUUCCCUUCCUGAUCUCAGAACUCCUCUGUAAUGAUUGGCUUUUAAGCUUCUGAAGAAACAGAAAAUUGCCAAAUUAAAUGUGUGUGAGAAAA